AUGGAGCUGAUCGAUCAGAUCAUCGUUCCUUGUUGUCUUUUAGGCCUCGUCGCGGCCCUGGCGCAGUUUUUGGUGAUCAGGAAAAUCAAGCUGACCCCGGAUGGCAAGGAUAGCCUCAGUACUGGGCUGACGGCAGGCGGCAGUGAGCAGGCGGCCAAGCUGGUGCCGGAGAUUUAUGAAAAGAUCAUGACGGGCGCCAUUCAGUUCCUCAAGGUCGAGUACGCCAUCUGCGCCGCGUUCUGCGUCGCUUUUGCCGUGUUGAUCAGCGCUCUGGUGUCUUGGGGAACGAAGAGCACCCUGCAAGGGCACCUUACAGCGGGCGCCUUCCUCACAGGAGCUUUCACGUCGAUGCUCUGUGGGUUCCUGGGCAUGAUGAUCGCCACCUACUCGAACGCACGCACCACCCUGGCCUGUGCCUACAGCGGCUACACCCUGGGCUUCAACACCGCCUUCCGUGGCGGCAGCGUCAUGGGCUAUGCGCUGUGCUCUCUGGGUGUCUUCGUUCUCUGGGUUUUGCUGAGCUUCUACCGCACCAUCUUCCCGGAGGCUGACGACUGGGAGAUCCUCUUCGACUGCGCGGCCGGCUAUGGCCUGGGUGGCAGCACCGUCGCCAUGUUCGGACGUGUCGGCGGAGGUAUCUACACCAAGGCUGCCGACGUCGGUGCGGACUUGGUCGGCAAGGUCGUUGCCGGCCUGGAUGAGGACGAUCCCAACAACCCCGCCACCAUCGCAGACAACGUCGGCGACAACGUGGGCGACAUCGCCGGCAUGGGCGCGGACCUCUUCGGUUCCUUCGCUGAGAGCACCUGUGCCGCACUGGUUAUCGCCGCCGCCGCGGUGGAAGGCUCGCACCACACGCUGGCAGAUGCCGGCUGGAAUGCCAUGCUCUUCCCUCUGGCCAUCUCGGCUGUCGGCAUUGUCAUCUGCAUUCUCUGUGGUUUUGUGGCCACCAACAUCUCGCCUGUCAAGGAAGAGGCCGACAUCGAGACUGUGCUGAAGGUGCAGAUGGUGCUCACAGCCGUCCUGAUGUUGCCCGUCAUCUACUACCUUGCAGUUUUCUUGCUCCCUGCAGAGUUCCGUUUGGAGGGUGUGCGCCUGACAGAGGACGGACACCCGGCCAAGAUCACUGGAAGCCCGUACAAGUGCUUCAUCUGCGCCACCAUGGGCUGCGUGGGCGGCCUCAUCAUCGGUUUGGUCACAGAGUACUUCACCUCCCACAGCUACGUGCCCACGCGUGAGCUGGCCGCCGCGUGCAAGUUCGGCACCGCCGUGAACAUCAUCCAGGGCUUGGCCUUGGGCUACAAGAGCUGCAUCGUGCCGGUCUUCGUGCUGUCCUCGGGCAUCUUCGUGUCCUUCCAGCUCUGCGACCUCUACGGCAUCGCCCUGGCGGCUUUGGGCAUGCUCGCGACGCUCUCCUGCGGCCUCACCAUCGACGGCUUCGGCCCCAUCUCGGACAACGCAGGCGGCAUCGCGGAGAUGGCGCUCUUCGGCCCCGAGGUGCGCCGCCGCACGGAUGCCCUGGACGCCGCCGGCAACACCACCGCGGCCAUCGGCAAGGGCUUCGCCAUCGGCUCCGCCGCCCUGGUCUCCCUGACCGGCGUCAACAUCCUGGAGCCCGUCACCUUCGCCUUCCUCAUCAUCGGCUGCAUGGUGCCCUACUGGUUCGCCGCCCUCACCAUGAAGUCCGUCGGCAAG